AUGGGGAGUAACGAUAGGCACCUCUGCUCAAAGUCAGCAUUUUUAGAAGGGGCUGCUGCAACUGAGCCUACUAUUUGUCUCACGUGGCUCACUGAAAAGCCUGUGUGGGUGGACCAGUGGCGCCUAUCAUCAGAGAAGGCCGAUGCAUUGAGAACACUAGUGGAUGAACAACUACAGCAAGGAUGCAUUGUCCCUACCACUAGCCAGUGGAAUACACCUGUGUCUGUCAUAAAGAAAAAGAGUGGUAAAUGGAGACUGUUACACGACCUACGACAAGUCAAUGCAGUGAUUGAGGACAUGGGGGCGCUGCAGCCAGGCAUGCCCUCUCCAACAAUGAUUCCCCGAAACUGCGAUAUUAUCGUCAUGGACUUAAAAGACAGUUUUUUUAUUAUACCUCUUGCUCCUGAAGAUGCAUUGCGAUUUGCCUUUUCAUUACCAUCAGUAAAUCAUCAAGAACCUAUGCAACGGUACCACUGGACAGUACUACCUCAGGAAAUGAAAAAUAGUCCCACUAUCUGCCAAAUAUAUGUAGCCAAAGCACUGUCUACAGUUCAUCAACAAUAUCCAGAUAUCAUCUGGUAUCACUACAUGGAUGACAUACUACUUGCAGGAAAAACACCUGAGGCACUGACACCGGUGAUACGAGAUACCCUUGUUAGCCUCAAGGCUUACGGCCUACAGUUAGCUCCUGAGAAAACACAGCGUCAAGCUCCAUGGAAGUACCUAGGAUGGAAAAUACUCGAGCAUGCCAUCGAACCUCAAGCUGUAAAAUUACAAACAGACAUCAAAACACUGAACGACCUUCAAAAACUGUUGGGGUCUAUUAACUGGGUGAGGACAUUUUUGGGAAUAGACAGUAGUGUACUAGAGCCAUUGUUUGACCUAUUGAAAGGGGCCCCAACUCUGGCCUCCUCUCCUAGUUUGACAACAGCAGCACAGGAAGACUUAGCAGAAGUGUCACAGGUGAUUUGCCACCGUCAAGCACAGCGAAUCCAAGAAGGAAAGGGUUUUAAUAAAGGGUAUGUUAUUAAUCAGUCUAAACAACCUGUAGGAUUAUUAGCCCAGUGGAAUGAGGAUGAAGAGAAGGAUCCUCUAUCCAUAAUAGAAUGGAUCUUUUUACCUCAUCAGCCUCAGAAAAUUAUAGUCACCUGCGUCAAAAUGUUUUCCCUGUUAAUUCGAAAGGGUCACAGGUGA